ACACCAUGAUGUUAAAGCCGACGGCGCGUUUCCGUCGAUCGUAAAAAUCGAGGCUGGCUGACGCGCCUCCACAAUGCGUGGUCGGUCUUCAGCAUCAGUCGCCGUUGAACCCUCGUCUCGCGAGCAACUGUGUGACCGGUGAAUCGUAACAAGCGCGACCACAUCAGACGAAAUGGCUACCAUCACGAGGUUAUCGAUUAUAAAAUUCCUUGAACUCCUAUUGGUGUGCAUCCUUAUUGGAUUGCACUAUAAUUCCUUCAACGCGGGAGACCAUCACACCGCGAUGAUAACCAUGGGCACAUUUGGUGGAUAUCUAAUUAUUCUGGUCGGCUUGUUCAUCGGCAGCGUAAUGGGAACACCGGUGAAUCGCCGUGUGGACCUCUUCUUUUCGCUCAUCGGAUGUGCGUUGUUUAUCGCUGCUGGCGCAUUGAACAUCGACUUUUUCCACAAGCUGAGCCACAGGUCAGCGUUUCGCGAUACUGGCUUAGCCAAGGGGUCCAUCAGCAUCAUCGAGGGUGUCAUCUUCCUCAUGGACGCGUUCCUCACGUUUCGCGGAGAGAACUGAAACAAGUCGCCUUUAAUUACGACGGGGACUGCACAGUCGGCAAUCAGUGUUAACACAUUCCGUGAUCGAUGACGAACGCGGAAUCAUUUAAUCUGUAAGGGACGAUACUGCCAAAGACUUCCCAGACGUGUUCGAGGACAAUAUAUGUCUGACGUUAUCACGAAAUGAAACAAAUUUUCCGCAAUCGCGAAACACCUAAAUCACGGAUUUUUCCGAAUUGCGCAAAGCGCAAUUUAUAAAACUUCGUAAAAUAUGAACGAUACUCGUCCUUUAUGGCGAUUUCUCACAGGCUCCGUGCUAUUGAGAUCACAAAAGUAUUCGCUUAAUUUGUCAGAGAAUUUCAACUCGAAAUUAUAUUGAAAAUACUCGGAGUAAAUUAUUCAUUACAUAUCCAUUUCUUCUGUCAAUAAACAGAUACUUUCGAAUCAAUCACGUUAUGUAUUUUAAGUACAACGCAAAUGUGCCUUACCGAUAAUAGUACAAAAUGUAACGUGUGUUAUAUAUUGAGAGAAAAAAAAAAUCUAAAACAUACAAAAUAUUUAUUUAUUGAAUCUAUAAUAACAUAUUUACUUAAAUUUAAAUACUUUUAUUUAAUUUAAAAAUAAUUGUUUUAAUGAAAAGCCAAAGUUUUAAGAAAAAAAAAAUUUAAAAGAAUAUCUGCUCACUUGAGAAAUAUUUUUCCUCUCUGUAAAAUUAUUUGGUAUUAGUUGGUAUUAAUUAUAUUUUGGUGCAUAAGUAAAUGUGCCAUUGGUGCCCACUGAAUAAAUAUUUUUCAUCUCGUAAAUACUUUUUCUCUCAGUGUAUAUAAAAACGACGAAGUUAAGAACAUGCAUAUUGUAUGUUAAUAAAUGCUAAUACUAAUAAGAAGUAGCGGCAGUCCCUUCGUAGAAAUAGGCCAGUUGAUAUUAUAAAGGUUAUUAACGUGCUCAUAUCGCACUUUCGUAAGCUUAAAUCAUGUUAUCGUGUUAAGUACGACAAGCAGCAGAAUACGACAGUAUCAUGACACAUUCUUAUUGCGACGUGCCGUUUGUUUGCGCGUAUUCCGACGCUUGAAACAUUCGUCGCGACGGCCGUAUCGUUCGCUGUCCUUUCACUAUUCGCGUGUGUAUUUAUCUUUGAUUUGUACGUUUCUACGCUAAGACUUCAACAAUAAAAAGGAAAUAAUGAGA